UUGUGUUCAAAUAUUUUAUACAGACCCAAUUAAAAAAAAAAAUUGUAUUAACAAUGUUAAUCAGUGAUUGUGUAUAAUACCCAGGAAAAUUGAUGUGAUAUAGUAUUUAUUUUGUGUGUAAUAUACUACUAAAAUAAUACCGUCAAGAUGGCUGACUUGGAGGCUGUUCUAGCUGAUGUCAGCUACCUGAUGGCUAUGGAAAAGUCAAAAUGUACACCUGCCGCAAGAGCUAGUAAAAAAAUUAUAUUACCAGAUCCUAGUGUACGUAGUGUAAUGCAUAAAUAUUUGGAAAAGAAGCAAGAAGUGAACUUUGAUAAGAUAUUUAAUCAAGUGUUGGGUUACCUAUUAUUUAAAGACUUUUGUGAAAAUGUUAGCGAAGAUCCAAUACCUCAAUUAAGAUUUUAUGAAGAAAUAAAACAAUACGAAAAAUUGGAAUGUCCAGAAGAAAAAAGAAAAUUAGCAAGAGAAAUUUAUGAUAAUUUUAUAAUGAAAGAAUUAUUAGCACGAUCGCACGAUUACUCCAAAGAAUCCGUAGCACAUGUUCAAAAAUAUUUAAUGAAAAACGAAGUACCGCCUAAUUUAUUUGAGCCUUACAUUGAAGAAAUAUUUAAUCACUUAAGGGGAGAGCCAUUUAAAAAGUUUUUAGAAAGUGACAAAUAUACACGGUUUUGUCAAUGGAAGAAUUUAGAAUUGAAUAUUCAAUUAACAAUGAAUGACUUCAGUGUACAUCGGAUUAUUGGCCGAGGUGGAUUUGGAGAAGUGUAUGGUUGCCGGAAAGCAGAUACCGGUAAAAUGUAUGCCAUGAAAUGUUUAGAUAAAAAGCGUAUUAAAAUGAAACAAGGUGAAACGUUAGCUCUAAAUGAACGAAUUAUGUUAUCAUUGGUAAGCACAGGCGCCGAUUGUCCGUUUAUCGUAUGUAUGACAUACGCAUUCCAUACGCCUGACAAAUUAUGUUUUAUACUGGACUUAAUGAAUGGCGGAGAUUUGCAUUAUCAUCUAUCACAACAUGGAGUAUUUAAUGAACCCGAAAUGAAAUUUUAUGCUGCAGAAGUUAUUUUAGGUUUGGAACAUAUGCAUAGGAGAUAUAUUGUAUAUCGAGAUUUAAAACCAGCAAAUAUAUUGUUAGAUGAACAUGGGCAUGUACGAAUUUCUGAUUUGGGAUUGGCUUGUGAUUUUUCCAAAAAGAAACCACAUGCUAGCGUUGGAACACAUGGAUAUAUGGCACCAGAAGUAUUAUCAAAAGGUACAGCAUACGAUUCCAGUGCUGAUUGGUUUAGUUUUGGAUGUAUGUUGUAUAAAUUAUUAAAAGGGCACAGUCCAUUUCGUCAACAUAAGACCAAAGAUAAACAUGAAAUUGAUCGCAUGACACUUACAAUGACUGUAGAAUUACCAGAAUCAUUCAGUAGGGAAUUACGACAAUUAUUAGAAGGUUUAUUACAACGUGAUAUUGAUAAACGAUUAGGGUGUAGGGGUAAUGGCGCUGAAGAAUUAAAAGAACAUCCAUUUUUUGCUGGUAUUGAUUGGCAACAAGUAUACUUACAAAAAUAUACACCGCCAUUAAUACCCCCACGCGGUGAAGUAAAUGCAGCCGAUGCUUUUGAUAUUGGAUCGUUUGAUGAGGAAGAUACAAAAGGUAUUAAAUUAACUGAUGCGGAUCAAGAAUUAUAUAAAAAUUUCCCAUUGGUUAUUUCGGAACGUUGGCAAGGGGAAGUUGCAGAAACUGUUUUUGAAACUGUCAAUUUGGAAGCAGAUAAAAGCGAAAACAAACGUAAAGCGAAACAAAAGCAGAAAUUUGAUGCUGAUGAGAAAGAUUCCGAUUGUAUUUUACAUGGGUAUAUUAAAAAAUUAGGCGGUCCAUUUGCAUCUGCGUGGCAAACACGAUAUGCAAAAUUAUAUCCAAAUCGAUUAGAAUUACAUCCAGAAUCGGGUGGUGCCAAACCUGAAUUAGUAUUUAUGGAUCAAAUUGAAGAAAUUAGUGCUGAUUUAGUUCAUGUUAAAAGUGAACAAUGUAUUGUAAUUCGUACCAGAGAUGCAAAAGUGGUUCUUACAAAUCCAGAUGAAAUAGGUCUCAAAGAAUGGGCAUUAUCAUUACGUUCCGCGCACAAAUGUUCAUUAGAACUCUUAGGUUCAAUGGCGAAAAAAGCUGGUAAAAUAUACGGCACCGAACGUGAUUCAAAUAAUAGAAAUGCAAUAAUUACACCAAAUAGAAAUACCAACGGUAAUUAAAAGAUUCAUUUCAUUCAAAGCGAAAGCCAAAUGGAAAGCUAAUAAAAAAUGCACACAUAAAACACACACCUACUUCUAUCCUUGAUAUAACGAAGAGAGAGGGCGGGCUUACCAUCGUCGCUCUAUCCACAAAAAAAAGUGACACGAUAAUAAUAAACAAAUUAUACGCCAUAUUUAUUAAUAUAAGUACACCGUGUGGUUUUUUUCAUUAAAAAAAAUGUGCCAAUGGUUAAAACAUAAUUUUUUGAACAUUUACGGGGGAAUCUUACAAUAUAUAUUCAUUUUGGUGGGAGACCAAAUAUGGAUAAAAGGAAGUCAAAAAAAUUAAUUAUUCUUGCUCUCUAUUCAUAUAUACAGAGUAGUA